GUAUAUUUUCAGGCACAUGUGAAGGCAGCUAUGGAGUCCAAGCAGCACGUGGUCAGAGUGAUCCGUGUUUCUGCUCUGUGUUUGGGGGGGAGUGACUGAGCCUGACUUGGAAGUGCUGCUCGUCCUGUUGUGAAAGUGCUGUUGUGUGUGCGUGCUGGGUGUGUGCGAGGUGUGUUUGCUUGCAGAGCCAGCUCCAGUAUGAAGAGAGGCAAGAACACAGAUGGGGCGGCUGCAGAGGGGGAGAAUGAUGCAGGCUCUGCUUCUACAAAGAAGGCCAAGAAAUCUAAGGAACCAGAAGCCCCAAUAUUGUAUGAUGAUCCCCCUGACAAAAUGACAAGCAAGGAUGGACGCAGCACCAACAUGAAGAUCACUUCCUGGAACGUGGAUGGGCUCAGGGCGUGGGUGAAAAAAAAUGGACUGGAUUGGGUGCGUGAGGAGGCGCCAGAUGUUCUGUGCCUCCAAGAGACAAAGUGUUCUGAGAAAGCACUUCCUGCCGAGAUCACAUCCAUGCCCGAGUACCCCCACAAGUACUGGGCUGUGUCCGACGACAAGGAGGGAUACAGUGGUGUAGCCAUGCUGUGCAAGACCAAACCUCUGAAAGUCACUUAUGGAAUUGGCAAAGAGGAGCAUGAUAAGGAGGGGCGCGUCAUCACCGCCGAGUUCCCAGACUUCUAUCUCGUAACAGCCUACGUCCCCAACGCCAGCAGAGGCCUCGUCCGCUUAGAUUAUCGCAAAAUCUGGGAUGUGGACUUCCGAGCUUACCUGAGCGAGCUCGACAUAGAGAAGCCCCUGGUGCUGUGCGGCGAUCUCAAUGUUGCACACCAGGAGAUCGACCUGAAGAACCCAAAGGGCAACAAGAAGAAUGCGGGUUUCACACCAGAGGAGCGUGAAGGUUUCAGAAAGCUGCUGGAGGCCGGCUUCGUGGAUAGCUUCCGCGAGCUCUACCCUGAGCAGGCCUACGCCUACACCUUCUGGACCUACAUGAUGAACGCCCGCUCUAAGAACGUGGGCUGGAGGCUUGACUAUUUUCUGCUGUCAUCUUCCCUGGUUCCAGGCCUGUGCGACAGUAAGAUCCGUAACAAGGCAAUGGGGAGCGACCAUUGCCCCAUCACUCUUCACAUAGCUGUGUGAAUCAUCAGUGCUGAUGGCGCAGUGUUUGCUCUGUCCUCUUUGUUCUAACUUGUCUCAACUAUAUCAGCCAGAUUGAGGAAGUCUUAGCUGGUGCCCAGUCUCACUCCUGUUAGUAGAGUCACUUAUAGCUUAGUUGUUUUCUUUGAUGAGAUGUUCCACAACAUAGCUCAUGUCUGGUUACCUAAACUGAUUUCAUAAAAUUUGAUAUACACCCAAGUUCUGCACACAUGCAACACUAAACAUACAUUUAAGCUCAUUUUCAUGUUUCUGGUACCGACUGAAAUUUUUAUGUGUAACUUGCUUACAUUCUCUAAUAAAAUCUUGUAUUUCCAGA